ACUUACUGUCCCCGCGUGCACGUGCCUCAGGCAAAGUGACGGUCCGCACGAGCCACCUGCGCAGUGCCCACAGAGCCCUAAUCGCGAAAAUCGGUUUUUGUACGCCAAAAUUGGAACCCAUCACCACCUCUGAACAUCACACUUGGUCGAUUCCCCGUCCUCUCAUCGACAAGCAGGCAAGAUGGUUCGGUACGCUGCGACUGAGAUUGCCCCGGCUAAGUCCGCCCGCUCGCGCGGCUCUUACCUCCGUGUCUCCUUCAAGAACACCCGUGAGACCGCCCAGGCCAUCAAUGGCUGGAAGCUCCAGCGUGCUCAGAAGUUCCUCGAGAACGUUCUUGAGAAGAAGGAGGCUGUCCCCAUGAGACGCUACGCUGGUGGCACCGGCCGCGCCGCCCAAGGCAAGCAGUUCGGUGUUUCCCGCGCCCGCUGGCCCGCCAAGUCCGCCGAGUUCCUUCUCGGUCUCCUCAAGAACGCUGAGGCCAACGCCGAUGCCAAGGGUCUUGACACUGGCAACCUCGUUGUCAAGCACAUCCAGGUCAACCAGGCCCCCAAGCAGCGCCGCCGCACUUACCGCGCUCACGGUCGCAUCAACCCCUACAUGUCCAACCCCUGCCACAUCGAGCUCAUCCUCACUGAGGCCGAUGAGGUCGUCCAGAAGUCCGAGGCCGUUGUCCGCGAGGAGGCUCACCUUUCCUCCCGCCAGCGUGGCGCUCGCGUCCGCCGUGCCAUCACUGCCGCUUAAAUGCGCUUUGAUAGCUAGGUGAUUGGACGAGGGGAUGUUUUGAUUGAGGGCUUCACUUUUUUUCCGGAACGGUGUACGCGAGCAUGGCAUUUUUCGGGUCAAGGUCACGAUUCCAGGGAAAAAGGGGUCGAUCAUGAAUACUCAAUAAAAGAAUUUGAGAAAGCAUGACACGGCGAAACAAGUAAUCAUUCAAGCCCUGGCGUAAUUGCCAACGGGACGCCAAACCGAACUGCGGGUUACCUGAGCUCUGAGAGUGGCUGUGACGUACCUGUCUGCCCCUGAUGCAGAGCCGCAUGAUGUUCAGGUAGCUAGCCUUCCCGAAACGAUACCCAAUCCAGCAUCCCCGAGUUCAGUUGGAUGUGCCCCCUUUGCUGCGUGAGAAGUGAUGCUUGAGCAAAUACAGCUGCUAUUGAGGUUUCGCCACUGGGGGUAUCUUGGGUAUUGGACAGUCGUGGCUGUUAUGAUAUCAUAACCCUUUUGUAUGAAAUCCACCGAUGCUUCUUAUCUCUUCACCACAUGUACAACAAGCCUUUGGUGAUCGCACAUUCUUCCCCUUGAGCACCCAGCGUGCUUCCAAUGGCCGAUCAGGGAGCUCAUAUAAUUGUGAUCAUACACAUAACCAAACAGAUUCACCGCCAGUAUCUAGAUGAGUAAAUGGGACUCUUCAGCCCUGCAUCUCUACGUCUUCCCCCUCUCCACCUUUCCUUGCCCUCUGCUCAGCUGCCCUCUUCUCCAUCUUCUUCUUGCCCUGGUUAACCCAGUCGUCAUACGCACUUCCUCCCGCCGCAAGCUUCGCCGACACAACACCCUUGAGAAUUUCGCCCGCAAACCCAACAAAGUUGUGUCGCCUCAGGGCGUUCUCAAACCGCCAAGCCUCACGCUUGCGCUCCUCGGUUGCCAGCAAUUCCUCAUCAGCAAACUCGCGCGCCCGAAUCCGUAGGUCUCGAAUCAUAGCCAGCAGGUUGAACCGGAUCUCGCUGGCGUCAUACCUGGCAAUGCGCCGCUGCAGAAC